AAACCUACUGCAUGACUGUAUUUAAUCUCUGUUGUUCCUCUGCAGCCCUUGGCAAAUGCACAAGAACCAGAUCCAUCCUUAUUCCCCUUCUCAAGGUCCCCUUGAUGUUUGCCUUUCUAUACCCGUUUGUGUGCUCCCUUGAUGUGCUGAGCUCUGCUUUCCAGCUGGCAGGAGGUAAAGUAGCUGGAGACAUUUUCAAGGACGAUGCUAUCCUCUCUAACCCAGUGGCAGGGCUUGUGGUAGGAAUCCUUGUGACUGUCCUUGUGCAGAGUUCCAGCACCUCCACCUCCAUCAUCGUGAGCAUGGUUUCCUCAGGAUAACUGGAGGUGGGUUCAGCCAUCCCCAUCAUCAUGGGCUCUGAGAUAGGGACCUCAGCCACCAACACCAUUGUGGCACUCGUGCAAGCUGGUGACAGGAAUGAAUUAAAGAGGGCCUUCGCAGGGGUCACGGUGCAUGACUGCUUCAACUGGUUAUCAGUACUGAUCCUGCUGCCUCUGGAAGUGGCCAGUGGCUAUCUGCACCACAUCAGCAAAACUUCCAUGGCAACUUUCAACCUCCACAGUGGACAGGAGGCACCAGAGCUCCUGAAAGUAAUCACAGAGCCCUUCACUAGUCUUAUUAUCCAGCUGGAUAAGUCAGUGAUCACAGGGAUUGCCACAGGCAAUGAAAGCUUGUAUAACAAAAGUCUGACUCGGGUGUGGUGUGAAGUGCCAGCUCCACAGAUUUUUUUAGCAGGCACAAGAGGAGGAUCCCUAAACUGCAGCUCCCUCAUGCCAUACAGUCUGGAAGGAGCUGGGAACUUCAACAGUACCAUGCCACAGAAAUGCAAUCACCUGUUUGUGGACUCCUCUCUGCCAGACUUGGCUGUAGGACUCAUGCUGCUGGCUGCGUCCCUGGCUGUACUGUGCACCUGUCUUUUGAUGUUGGUCAAACUGCUCAACUCUGUGCUCAAAGGCCGUGCCAGAGCUAUCCAGAAGGUCAUUAACACAGAUCUGCCAUAGCCUUUUGGAUGGGCCACGGGUUACUUUGCCAUGCUUGCUGGUGCUGGGAUGACGUUUGUUAUGCAGAGUAGCUCCAUCUUCACUUCAGCAAUCACCCCACUCAUCGGUCUUGGGGUGAUUAGCUUAGAACGUGCGUAUCCCCUCACCCUUGGUUCUAACAUCGGAACCACGACCACGGCUGUCCUCGCAGCCCUGGCCAGUCCAGGGGAUAAAUUGGCCAGUGCCUUCCAGAUUGCCCUCUGCCACUUCUUCUUCAACAUCUCUGGGAUUUUGCUGUGGUAUCCCCUGCCUUGCACUCGCCUCCCCAUCCACAUGGCCAAAGCGUUAGGUGAGCAGACAGCCAAGUAUCACUGGUUUGCUGUCUUCUACCUGAUUCUCUGCUUCCUCUUGUUGCCGGUGUUGGUUUUAGGACUUUCCAUGGCAGGAUGGCAGGUGCUGGUAGGGGCAGGAGCUCCUUUCCUGAGCCUUCUGGCUUGUGUGGCCUUUAUCAACAUCAUGCAGUCACAAAGCCCCAACCGACUGCCCAGGUGGCUCCAGAGUUGGGACUUCCUGCCGUCCUGGCUUCAUUCUUUGCAGCCCCUGGAUGGGCUGAUGACCAGAGCCACAGCAUGUCGUGCUGCCCCUUGUUCAGGCAGCCAAGAGGAAUGCAGAAAAAAAUCGCCAGGAGCUAAGGUCAGAAGAGGCUUGCCGAAGCCUUCCGCUGUCGUCUUAGAGGAAUGGUCUCCACCCCAGCUGAAUAUCCUGCCAAUGCAGCAAGCCAGCCGCCUGUGACCUGUGAUGGAACACAGCUCCCACUGUGGCCUGCAGACAGUGGUGCUAAGCAGACCAGCAAUAAGGAAAAGAAAAAGCGUAACAAGAAAGUGCAUCAGUGCAAAUGUUGGAGUCUGUGCCGGUGGCUGCACUUAUGACUGGAGCUCUGUCAUUGCCACAUGGCUAGGGUACACGUAUUCCAGCCAAUGUCGAUUCAUGUCCCUUUGGGCAGGGCUUUUCAUAUGAAAUAGGCUGUAACUGGCAUCUGAUAAUCACUGUACAUAUCAUUUUGUUAUGAGCAUCAAUGAAU